AUGACGGCGGAGGACGAGCGGAUGGACGCCGAGGCCCAGGCCGUGGAUCUGUACGACAAGAAAGAUGAGGCGUACUUUUCAUACUACUCGCAGCUGACGCACCAAGCACAGAUGCUUCAGGACGCUGUGCGUACGUCGGCCUACCAAAAUGCCAUCCUGGCCCACGGCCCGGCAUGCUUCCAGGGCAAAACGGCGAUGGACGUCGGUGCCGGAAACGGAAUCUUGUCUCUCUUUUCGAUCCAGGCGGGCGCCGCGCUCGUGUACGCCGUCGAGGCGUCGGACGUCAUCGGGUGUCUUCACCGCCUGGUCGCCGCGUCGUCGGGGGAGGACGAGAAUGCGCCGAACGCGUGGAUGCGCGACCGGCUCGGCGUGGUGCACUCGCGCGUCGAGGACGUCACGCCCCAGGUGCUCGAAAAGGCGACGCCCCGCGGCUUGCUGCCGGCCGACACGGAGCAGGUGGACACGAUCGUGUCCGAGUGCCUCGGUGUGCUCUUGGUGCACGAGCGGAUGUGCGAGUCGUUCUUGGAGGCGCGCGACAAGUUUCUGCGCCCCGGCGGCGCGCUCUUUCCCCGCACCGGCACGCUGUGCUUCUCGCUGCUGAACGACGCGCGCCUCUGGCAGGAGGUGCGUGCGCGUGCGGACUGGUGGAACACGACCAACUUUUACGGCGUGGACCUCACGCCGUUUUUGGGCGCGUCGCGGACCGAGGCCUUCCAGAGCCCGGUCGUGGGCUGCUUCUCGCCGACGCACGUCGUUGGGGCGCAGACCGACCUGAGCACCGCUGCGAUCCUGUGCCCCGACGAGGCGGUGUGCAAGUACCUCGUCGACUUUGGCACCGUGUCGAGUGCGGAUCUGCGCACGUUUGACGUGCCGAUCGCCUUUGACUGCGUCGACGAGCCGACCGUCGUGCACGGACUCGGGGCGUGGUUCGACCUGUCUUUCCUGCAGCCCGGCGAAGUCGAGGAGGACGACCUGCAGCCCCGAAACGCCAUGACUACCAGCCCCUUUGCGCCGCCGACACACUGGGCGCAGGUCCGUAUGCUCUUCCACGAGCCGCUGGCCUUGAAUACGGGCCAGCGCGUGCUCGGCACGCUGCAUUUCGAGGCGAACGAGAGCCGCUCCUACGACAUCCACGCCGACCUCUAUGUGCCGCUGCCGGACGGUAUCGGCGGCAACACUCCCCUCUUUCGUCGCACGGCCCUCUGGAAGCUCGACAAGCAGACCUAUUCCUGGGAGACGCCGGGCGCCUAA